ACACUUUUUCCAGCGUAACUUGAAAAUGGAGCCGGAGUCGGAGAGCGCAGAAAUUUUAAACGAUGUUGUGACUAGUUUUCACGUCGGUAAAUAUGCCGACUGUCUAUCAAUAUUGGCAGAAAUAUCUGCUGCCAGUAAAUGCGGAAAGUCAAUAGUUGGUCAGUGUCUUCUGGAAAACAACCUGGUCGUCUGCACAUACAAGGAACAGUUGAAUGCAGACGUCAGAAUAGGUGUGUCUGAGAGGAUUGACAGACUGAGCAAGAUAUCAGUGACAAUGCAAGGUUUACCUCCGUCUCUGAAAGCACUUCCCGUUGAGUUGGCCAUUUCCUUCAAUACAUCUGCAUUACUCCUUCAACAAGUGAACCACAAAGAACCAGUUUUGAGCAGUUUGAACCAGAUUUGUCAGGCCACUGAUCCUGUAUCGACAGCUUGGAGUUGUAUUCAGAAGAUUACCAUUGCAAACUUGCACAGAGUACUCUGCACAAUGGGUACUCCUGAGUCUAGACCAGAUAUUGAGAGACUUCUUGGAAAGAUUACUGGUAUCGCUCAUUUAGUCCCCACAGAUGUGAUCUCGCUGGUAACCCUGCAGUGCUGUCUGCACAGUCUGGGUCACAUGAUCGUGAGGCAACACCAAGACGCUCUUAGAAUCCUAGAAGAGGUCUUAAAGAUGAACCCGAGGAAAAACCAAGAUGACAACCAAACGAACUCCUCUUCAGCUUUCCUGAUGGAUAUUUCAAUUGGCAGCUUGACAGUGGAUCUCAGUUGUAGAGGUAACAAUUCCUUACUCCAUGCCAGAGAUCUUGCCGGGUUCUUAUUGGUUGCUUGUCUCUUUCAAACUGGCCAAUGGGAUGACUGCUUACAUCAUAUCAACACCAAACUGUCAGAUCUACCGGAUUCCCUCAAACUCACUAACAAAUUCAUCGAAGGAUACUGCUUAUAUCAAACAGGCCAUUCCGAAUCAGCGAUAAAAACCUUGACAUCAUUGGCUGAAAGCCCUGAUACUGAUGUCGCAUUGAGAGUUAAAACAAUCAACCUGAUUGGCUGUUGCUUAGCAACCCUGAAUAAACCUUACACAGCCAUACAGAAAUUCCAAGAAGCCUUGAAGAUGGACUUCAGCUUCCUUUGCCCUCUGUACAAUAUAUCUGUAGUCUUCCGACAUCUAGGACUUCAAGAUGCUGAGAUUGAAGCACUCCAUCUUCUCAUCAAAGCUGUCAAAGACAAGAAUCCAAGCAUGAAACCUCCAGAGGCUGAUAUUAUUCUUGGAUCACUCCCUUCAAAUGCCCUUAAUAACCCAGAUGGCGGCUACAUCCUAGACGAGCAAAGUCUGAACGUUUUGUUUGUCAUGUACACACUGGCGCAAAGAUGCUUAGAACUGGGCAGAUUCAAUGAUGCUGCAAAGAAGUACCAUGAACUACUCCGAGUUAUUGAGGAUGACCUGUCACCUUCAACUAAGCAUCCCAUGGACUGCAAGGAGGAUUCAUCAUGUGUUCCUCCCUUACACACAAUCUUUCUGGAGGCUGCGCUGUCAUUCUACAAAACUAACGACAUUGAACAGUCACUCACCAUCACUGAUAGAGUCAUAACUAAAAUAGUUCCUACAAUAGGAAACACAACCAGAACAUCCGAUUUAGCGUCACAUAGUCGGGAUGCUGACGCAGACACUAGAAGGCAAACUGAACGUCAUCAAACAGACAAUGAUGCGUUGCCAGGACCCAGUUUCCAAGGUAGUGGUUCUGGAGGGGAUGAGCUAGACCUAUCCGUGGCAUUGUCUUCAUGCAGUAGAGACGAGCCCGGCAAUACAAGAAGUAAUCAAAUGGCUUCUACUCCUGAACUUCCUUCAGAUAUUCCCUUUAGGUCACCUGAUGUGAGUAUAAAAGCUGCCAAGGGACAUCUCAUAGAGGAGACAGAGAUUUCUCAAGAAUCUGGUGUGAGACUUUUCAUCGCAAAUGCCCUCUUGUUGAAAUCCAGCUGCUUGAUCCAGAUGAAGAACUGGCCCCAGGCCUUCAGCAUUACCAAGGAGUUACUUGAGUAUCUAUCAGGGGUAUCAAGAACCGAGGAUCAGUGUGAUGAGAUUGGAUCGCGUUACAGGGAGGCGGAGUGUAAGAUGGAGGGGGGAGGUGAUGAUGAGACACCAAGGAGCAAAAAGAGGAAAACUGAACCAACACAUGGGACGCAAGGAGGGGAAACAAGAAGGCAACAGCCAAUCAGAGACAGCCUACUUGAAGUCAAGGCCAAAGCUUACAACAACAAAGCAAUGAUUCUGAUUGGUCAAAAGAAGACCUCUGAGGCUCUGCACAUGCUUGUAUUGGGCACACAGUGUAGUCCAGAUGACAGUGAUGUCCUGUACAACUACAUCUUAUUACUAAGCAAGAUGGGACGUCCAGGAGAAGCAAGAAAGAUGACGAAAAAACUGCUGGUAUUAGAGACUAGUCUGAAGAUGUCACCGUUGUUACAAUACCUUUCAUGAAAUCAAAAAAGAUCUUAAAAAAAGGGCUUGUGUUGGAGGUUAGUGACACAGUUUUGUUGGCAAGAAUUAUGCUUUUCUUUAAAGAAAUGAAUUAUGCUAGGUACUCCUAGAUUUGUUUUAAACACUUUCUUUAGGUACUCCUCUGUGCAUAUAAUAAUAAUGAUAAUAAUAAUAAACCACUCUUGUAAAGCGCAUUCCGUCAAUAAGACCCUAGCCUUGGUCAAGUCUCUCGCCGUAUGGGUACGCAGUAAUCAAUCAGCGGCAUAUCCUCAGCCUCGCGCGCUAUGCAGUGUAUGUAAAAAUACAGUGGGAACAGCGACCUCAUGCGGCCAUUAGUUUAUGCAAAUCAGUUUGACCCAUUCGAGAACCUUGGAUCAGUUGUUGGUGAAAGCUUAUGUUUUUCUUUAUUUUGCGCUGGAUUUCUAGCGCACAACCUUGUAUACGAAUACCAUAGACAUAUAAUAAAGCCCAGAUAUGACAUAUCUGCUUUUAAGUUCUGUGAGCAAAACGGGCUGCGUCACGCGCGCGGCAAGGUGCGAUGUGCAAAUUAUCAUGUGGCUUCGAUUUACGCGGAUACUUUAUACGUACGCAUACCACAGUUGUUUUUUUCCCACACGCGUACAGAACCCAAAAUUUUAAUAACGCGUGCAGUGUGACCGGUCCCAUCCAUGGGCGUUCGCGUAAUUUACAUAUUCUAUACGCUUAGCAUUAUGCUCACAGCCGCAAUAGCAAAUGUCGUGUCUAGGUUUUAUUAUAUGUCUAUUGCGAAUACAGAUAAGUGUAGGAGGGGCUAAUACAUGUAUAUGUGGAGUGUCUAAUCACACCUUGGUAAAUCCUGACGGACGUGACAGAAACCACAUUUUUUUGUGUACGUUGGUGCCAUGUGCAGAGACACACAACGUGUAUGCAUUAUGUACAGUGCAGUGCCACGUCCCACCGCUAUGCAAGCUUCCACCCAGCAUUCGACCAAUAAGAAAACGACAUUUAAGGUCAGCUUAGGCUAGUACUACUAGUAGUAGCAUAAUGAGAACAACCCCCAAAACCUCACAUGGACGACUGAACCAAGGCUCUCGAUCGGUUCCAACUGAUUUGCAUAAAAUAAUGGCCGCAUAAGGUCGCUGCUCGCACUGUAUAUUUUACAUGCACUGCAUAGCGUGCGAGGAUAUGCCGCCAAUAAACGACGAGAGACUUGACCAAGGCUAAUAAGACCCCAAAUGCGCUGAACAGGCAUAAUAAAAUACAGAUGUUCAAUUAUAGUAAAUCUUUUAACUACAAUUAAACAAAUUAUAUACAAAAAACCACAGCAUAUAAAAAUUAAAAAAAAAAACCACAAAUUGAUGAUUGGCAGGAGAAAUGUUCAAAGUCAAAAGAUAAGCAGAUAGGUAAGGUUUUUAGUAGAGUCUUGAACAGAUCCAGUGAUGUUGCAUUUCCGAUAGUGUUGGAAGCCGGUUCCAGAGUUCGGGAGCGGUGAAUGAUUGCUGGCCGUAUGUAACUGAUCAUCAAACUUUUAGAGACCAUUUGCCAAAUAUUUGACCUCAGAGCAGUCUUUCAUGCCAAGAAGAAUUAAAUAUAUGAAUGGCUUUAGUUUUUAAGUUCAUCCACUCAAUGGAAUAAUAACUGGGAUAAAACUAGAUUAAUAUUGUCCUCUGGUCCAUAUUUAUACAUUCACAAAAUAUGUAAAAUAACAUAUUGACAAGUGGUUGAUUGCAAACAGAAAGCAACCAGGCGAGCAUUUUCUGAAAUUAAUUCAAAUUUGACCAUUAUCUGUCCAUGCUGCAAAUUUUUUUACAAUUUAUUUCUCAUGAAGAAAUUUCUGAUAAUUUCUCAAAAUCCACAAAUAUUAUUAAUUCAACAUCUUGUUAGCUCUCAUUGCAAAUAUUCACAGCUGAUCUGUACUAAAACUAUACCAAACUAAUUCAAAGGUCAUGUCCCCAAAAAUUCAAUAUUUUAAGUGACUCUGCAAAUAAACCCAAUAUUGGAUAUAUUUAA